UGGCCAGGGAGAUAGGUCUUCUUGUGCCCAUGAGCCCCUCCCUCCCCACAGGCCUGUCCACAGGGGCUUGGGAUCAGCCAGAAAAGUCAGGCCGCUCACUAGAGCCAGGAGACAUGAGGUCCCUUUGCCAGGCUGAGUUCUGUCCCUGGGAGCAGCACAGUGCCCAGCCCCACCCCUUGCUCUGUGCCCCCUCCACUGCCGAAGACUUUGACCUUGUGUUCCAGUCCUUGCUGGUGGGCAGAGGGCUGAAGUCAACACACCCCGGAAUCGGGAGCAUUCCUGCGGGAGCCGAGAACCUGCAACCCCACAUCUUUCUUCUCCAGACACCCGGCACGAGAGGCUGGUGUGAUGCGUGUGGUGGUGAUUGGAGCGGGAGUCAUUGGACUGUCCACGGCCCUCUGCAUUCAUGAGCGCUACCACCCAAGGCAGCCACUGCAGAUGAAGAUCUACGCGGACCGCUUCACCCCGUUCACCACCAGUGAUGUGGCUGCGGGCUUCUGGCAGCCCUAUCUCUCAGACCCCAGCAACCCACAGGAAGUGGAGUGGAAUCAGCAAACCUUCGACUACCUGCUGAACCACAUCCACUCUCCAAACGCCGAAAAGAUGGGCUUGACCCUAAUCUCAGGCUACAAUCUCUUCCGGGAUGAAGUUCCGGAUCCCUUCUGGAGAAACACAGUUCUGGGAUUUCGGAAGCUGACCCCCAGAGAGAUGGACAUAUUCCCUGACUACAGCUAUGGCUGGUUCAACACAAGCCUGAUUUUGGAGGGGAAGAGCUACCUACCGUGGCUGACUGAGAGGUUAAAGGAGAGGGGAGUGGAGUUCGUCCAUCGGAAGGUGGAGUCUUUCGAAGAGGUGGCAAGAGGAGGCGCGGACGUGAUCAUCAACUGCACCGGGGUGUGGGCUGGGGCGCUGCAGGCAGACGCCUCGCUGCAGCCAGGCCGGGGCCAGAUCAUUCAGGUGGAGGCCCCUUGGAUGAAGCAUUACAUCCUCACCCAUGACCCAGCCCUCGGCAUCUACAACUCCCCGUACAUCAUCCCAGGGUUCAAGACAGUUACUCUCGGGGGUGUCUUCCAGCUGGGGAACUGGAAUGAAUUAAACAGCAUCCAUGACCACAACACCAUUUGGAAGAGCUGCUGCAACCUGGAGCCCAGCCUGAAGAAUGCAAGAAUCGUUGGGGAACUCACUGGCUUCCGGCCAGUCCGGCCUCGGGUUCGGCUAGAAAGAGAACAGCUUCAUUUCGGAUCUUCAAGGGCGGAGGUCAUCCACAACUAUGGUCACGGAGGCUACGGACUCACGAUUCACUGGGGUUGCGCCAUGGAGGCAGCCAACCUCUUUGGAGAAAUUCUAGAAGAAAAGAAGUUGUCCAGGAUGCCGCCAUCCCACCUCUGAGGAUGCUAGUGACCAUCAUUUGCCCCACGAGAACACCCCAGUGCUAUACAAUUAACUGACACCCUCUCCUUGAUGAUUUUGCAAACCUCUCACCUCCCCGGCUUUCUUAGGCAAAGGUGUGAGGAAACCCUGAUGCUCCACUCAUCCAUCACGGCCUGGUCCUUCCCAUGCAUCCCAUCUGGUAAAGCAUCUGCAGGGAUCCUGGCUGGUCCUAAACUAGUCUACACGAGACAGGCAAGAUCUAAGAUCAUGUAGCAAUCCCGUUCUCCCAACAGAACGAUGGUACUGUGGCUGGUUGUACUGGGCGGCAGGGUCUGCGCUCAGUCCGUUAGGAGUGGUCUGGAAACCUUUGCUUAGAACUCUGAUGAGUGGUUCGCCGCACAUUUGAUGUCACCGGCGGAAGGGAGGCUCCCGCCCUCGGCACUCUGCUGGUCAACAUUAUUAAAACACUCUUUGGAUAUCCAAA